CCAUUGAAUGGAGAGUAUAAGGAAAAUGUGAAUAAACCGAAGUGUCCUAAGAAUGGUCACACGCCUUACCUCAACCAACCAGAUGUACGCAAAGCAUUGCAUGUGAGGGAAGGCACCCAGAGAUGGAUUGGUUGCGGCGGUUCCUACGAUAGAUCCAAGGGUUAUACCUCUCAGGAGCAGACAUCCAUUGAUUUGAUAAAUAAGUACAAAAUCGGGAGAUAUGUUGUCUAUAACGGCGACUUCGAUACGAUGUGUAACUUCAUAUCCGAUCAGCGCUUCGUUGAUAGGAUCGCCGUUUCGACCAAAAGUAAAAAGACUGAGAGUUAUAGGGAGUGGAGGGUCGAUGGAAAGCCUGAUGGAGUGAUCGGUGGUUUCGUAGAGCACUACGAGAAUGGCCUGAGCUUUGUGUUGGCCCGCGGGGCCGGACAUAUGGUGCCUCAGGACAAGCCAGAGGCCGGCCUACAGAUCUUUAAAGAUUUGAUUGGACUGGCUAAACUUUAAGACAAAUAUUAAAACUACUGAUAUAUAUACC